AUGGAUGGCACGAGUAAGUCAUUUGUUGCAAGCCAUCUCGCACAGUCAAUUGUCGGAGCCGAUACCAUCCGUGCAUUUGGCAAAGAAUAUCGUUUCUUUCUAGAACAUAUGCAACUUAUUGAUGGCAACGCGAGUCCAUUUUUUCAUAGUUUUUCAGCAAAUGAGUGGUUGAUCCAACGUCUUGAAAUGCUAUGUGCACUUGUUGUUUCAAUGUCUGCCUUGGCCAUAACUUUGCUUCCAUUUCAAGCUUCUGACUCAGGUAUCAUUGGAAUGGCUCUUUCCUAUGGGCUCUCAUUGAACGCUGCCCUUGUUGCUUCCAUCCAAUUUCAAUGCCAACUUUCAAAUCAGAUAGUUUCUGUCGAAAGACUAGAGCAAUACAUGCAUAUUCCUAGUGAAGCCCCAGAAAUCAUAGAAGCCAAUCGGCCCUCAACAAGUUGGCCAAGUAUCGGUAGAGUUGAUAUCCAAAACCUUAAAAUUAGAUAUCAACUGAAUUCCCUGUUGGUUCUUCAAGGAAUCAAUUGUGUAUUUGAAGGGAGACAUAAAAUUGGAAUUGUUGGAAGGACAGGGAGUGGAAAAACGACUUUGAUAGGUGCUUUGUUUCGACUAGUUGAACCUACACAAGGAAGGAUUGUUAUAGAUGACUUAGAUAUCACUUCUAUUGGCCUUCAUGACCUUCGAUCAAGUUUUGGUAUCAUCCCACAAGAACCAACUCUAUUCAGUGGUUCCAUUCGAUAUAAUCUUGAUCCCCUAGCAGAACAUAGUGAUCACGAACUGUGGAAGGUAACAAUAUAUCACAAUCAGACACGUUUUAAUCAAAAGCCAUCAACAAAUGCUAAUGAUCAUUGUGUAUUCCAGUCAUAUGAUGAUGUAAAUACAGUUGUGCAAGAUGGCUUGAAUUGGAGUUUGGGACAACGUCAACUAUUCUGUUUAGGAAGAGCUCUUUUGAAGAGACGAAAGAUACUCAUACUUGAUGAAGCAACAGCCUCGAUUGAUAAUGCAACCGAUACCAUUAUCCAGAAAACGAUUCGUGAAGAAUUUCAAGACUGUACAGUAAUAACAGUUGCACACAGAGUACCAACUGUUAUAGACUGCACAAUGGUACUUGUUAUGAAGGAUGGAAAGGUGAUGGAGUAUGACAAGCCCAUGAAACUGAUGAAUGAAUCAGCUUCCUUAUUCGCAAAGCUUGUUAAUGAAUACUGGUCACAACAUAAAGCCUCACGAUUGGACUAG